AUGGCGUCUGAUACACCGACACAUUAUGAGAUGACGACUUCAGAACAGAAGCUGCCCGCGGACAAAUUCCCUGAAGGGGGAUAUGGAUGGGUCUGUGUUAUUUGUACCUUUUUCGUCAAUGCACAUACGUGGGGUGUUAACAGUGCAUAUGGUGUCUUCCUUGCCUAUUAUCUCUAUUCAGACGUAUUUCCAGGUACUACAGCCAUAGACUAUGCAUUCAUUGCUGGCCUCAGUAUCUCUGUCGCUAUGUUCAUAUCUCCGCUAGCUACCUAUCUCUCCCAUAAAGCAACCCAUCGCUUCGUUCUCAAUCUCGGAACCAUACUUGAGACGCUAUCACUCAUAACAACCUCAUUCGCCAAAAGAAACUGGGAACUCUUCCUUUCUCAAGGAGUCUGCUUUGGACUCGGCUUGGGGUUCUGCUAUAUCGGCUCCGUGGGCAUUAUCUCUCACUGGUUUGAAAAACGACGCAGCGUUGCAAACGGAAUUGCCGCAGCAGGUUCCGGGUUCGGGGGCAUGGUAUACUCUCUAGCCACAAGCGCGAUGAUUUCCCACUUGGGGUUUCCAUGGGCGAUGCGCAUCCUCGGCAUCCUAUGCUUCUCAGUGAACACUGUAUGCGGGAAUCUGCUCCGGGUUCGUGGGUCAGUAGCCUCUAAGCAGCCAGCGCUGCAUUUUUCACUUUUCAAGAGACCGGAAUACCUUGCCUUUCUAGCCUGGGGCGCAUUAAGCGCCAUGGCAUACAUCGCGCUCUUAUUCAGUCUGUCCAGCUACUCCGUAGCAAUCGGACUGACACAACACCAAGGCAGCAUUGCCACGGCACUGCUCAAUCUAGGACAGGCUAUAGGCCGCCCUGCUGUUGGGCUCCUAAGCGACAAACUGGGUCGUAUCGAGGUAGCUCUCACGGCAACCUUCCUGGCAGGAUUCUUGUCCCUGGUCAUGUGGAUCUUCGCUCAAUCCAUUGCAACAAUCUAUGCGUUUGCGAUCCUGGUUGGGUUAUUUUCAGGGACGAUAUGGGCCGCAGCACCGGCGUUGGGGGCUGAGGUAGUUGAACUUUCGGAACUCUCCAGUGCUCUCUGUUUUCUGUGGUUUAUUCUAGCUCCGCCUACUUCGGUAGCGGAAGUCAUAGCUUUGCAAUUGAGAGGUGGAGUGGUAGGGGAUAAGGAGUAUCUUCGAGUUCAGCUCUUUAUUGGAUUUAUUUAUAUCGGUGCUAGUUGCUGUUUGGUUCCGUUGAAAUUUGGCUUUCGGAGAAGGAAACUAGAGAGAGCGAAAUCGAUUCCUAGAAGUUGA